UUAUACUCGUAGUAACUUAGUGAUUGUCCUGAAUUCGAUAAAAGUUCCGGUUGAAUUUUGAGUUGUUAUAGGUAUCAUUUUAGCUGCCACAAUAAUUACAAUGAUAAAGUUUCUCCGAAUACUCAUGUUUUUCCAAUUUAGUAAGAAACAUAUACUAGAAUCGAGAGUGACGAGCGCCCAGAUCCUUCUGCAGAAACAGCAAGCUUGGAAGUGCGUUACAGAAGAUUUUAACUCCGAAUGUAUCAGCAAAAGAACCACCAAGCAAUUAAAGCAUUUUUAUGAUAACAUAAAGCGGAAUGCGAGAAAAGCGGAGGCAUCGAGUAAUAAAGAAAGGUACCGAGAGCAAUUAAAAAAAGCUUUCGAUGGAGAAAUGUCACAAGACGAUAUAGAAAAGCUUCCAGAAGAAGCUUUAUAUGCCGCAAAAUGUGAAAAGGAAGGAAGAAAGAAAACUGGAGGAGGAAGCUGCGAAAGCACCACCAACGACUCAAUGAGUCUGGUGCUAUCGAUAAUGGGUGAUACGGUAAAGCCUUUACCAAAUCCAUUUGAUAGUGCCAGCUCUUAUCACGAUGACGAGGCAAUAUUGCUAUUAGAACCUUCUCCCCCAGCAAUCAUCCCUGAAGUGGUGGACCAAAGUAUACCAUCCUGUUCCUUUUCUUCCAUAGCUGAUCGCCAACCUGCGCCAAAAGGUGGAAUAAUUGCUGCAAAACGGCGACCUAAAACUAAGAUGUCCAUUCAACAAAUUAAAAAAAAUUACUACCUUCAAAAGUUGAAGAAUGCUAGGCUGGAAUACAGCACUCUCCUAAUGGAGAAAAAUUUUAAAAAACGCAUUUUCAUGAAUCAAUUAAGUAAAUGAACAUAUUUUCUAUUCAAAUAAAAUGGUGUUGAUAAUA